GCCGGCCCGGGAAGCGAGCGCGAUCGGGGACGAGCGAGCGGGUGGGACGAGCGACCCGGAGAGCCAGGCCGGCGGGACACGGGUGCCCGGAGCCUGCGAUCCAUGCGGACGUUCACGUUCACUGAGAUGGCAUGAUCGAAUUGCCAUAGAGAAUGGCCGCGAGCCCCGUGCUUGGCCCGGAAGAUGAGCAGGCUCCCUGGGACAUUGACGAUCUCCAAAUCUCACUGCAAGCGGAGCAGGAAGACACUCAGAAGAAAACCUUCACUUGCUGGGUGAACUCACAGUUGGCAAAGCACACGCCCCCGUCAGUGAUAUCUGACUUAUUCACAGACGUCAAAAAGGGCCACGUCCUCCUAGACCUGUUAGAAGUACUCUCGGGACAGCAGUUGCCUCGGGAUAAAGGCUCUAACACAUUCCAGUGUAGAAUUAACAUAGAACAUGCCCUGACAUUCCUAAAACAACGAUCAAUCAAGUUAAUAAAUAUCCACGUUACUGAUAUUGUAGAGGGAAACCCUUCCAUUAUUCUUGGCCUGAUUUGGACAAUUAUCCUGCACUUUCAUAUUGAGGAGCUUGCCCGGACUCUUUCUUGCAAUUACAAUCAACCUUCCCUGGAGGGUGUGGGUGUGACUGAAUCGACUCCUACCUCAAGUCUCCCAGCUAAGAAGUGCUCCAAAGCCCAAGCAAGAUGGCAGUUGUCUGCAAAGAAGGCUCUUCUUCUGUGGGCUCAGGAGCAGUGUGCCACGUACGAGUCAGUCAACGUGACAGAUUUUAAGUCAAGCUGGAGAAAUGGCAUGGCGUUUUUGGCUGUCAUUCACGCCUUGCGACCAGACCUCAUCGACAUGAAGAGUGUGAAGCACAGGUCCAACAAAGACAACCUGAAGGAGGCCUUCCGGAUCGCGGAGCGGGAACUGAAAAUCCCCAGACUGCUGGAACCGGAAGAUGUAGAUGUCGUGAACCCUGAUGAAAAGUCCAUCAUGACCUAUGUCGCACAGUUCCUGCAGUAUUCAAAGGAUAUGCCUGGACCUGGCGAUGUGGCUCAGAGCAAGGUGAAGGAUGCUGCGGCCUGGCUGACUCGGCAAGAGCAGCAGCUACGGCGGACGCGGCGGGGUUCGGAAAGCGAGACCCCGGGUCAGAAGUACCACAACCUGCUGUCCUUCAUGGACUCACUCAGUGAACAAAAGGAGUGCUUCGCGGAUGUGCUGUCUCUCAAAGGGCCUCAGCUGAGCGAAGACCAGGCACAACUGAGAGACGCCUGGACCCGCCUCACCCACCAGAUUGCAGCGUGGAAAGCUGAGCUGGACAGCGCCCUGCCCUCCCCGCUCAAGGAAACUGAGGCGUGGCUCCAGGACGUGGAGGCGCUUAUGGAGGAAGACCUGCCCACCUGCCAGGAUUACGCCCAAGCCAUGGCUCUGACCCGAGAGAAAGAAACGCUAUUCAAGAGUCUGAUGGAUAGUUUUGACUAUCAUUUGAAUAUUCUCUUGACCUUUGAAAAUCGAGAUGAAAAACACCUGCCAUUGGUGCCACCUAAGAAACUGGAGGAAAUGAAAAGACGAUUCAACAGCAUUUUGGGGAGAAAAUUCAUCCCACUUCUAGAAUUUCAUUACUAUAAGUGUUCAGUUCUUGGCUUGCUGGGAGAAGUGAAGUCAAAAUUAAAUGUCUGGAACAUCAGAUACGGGAACAAAGGAUCCGUGGAGGCCUUACUGCAAGACUGGCAUAAAUUUAUUGAAGAAAGAGACUUUCUAGCUCAGCUUGAUACCUCUUUUCAAAAAUGUGGUGAAAUUUAUAAGAAUUUGGCUGGAGAACGUGAGCCUAUUCAUGAGCAGUACACGGCAAUGGAACAAAGUGUUUUUGUGUACCGAGAAUCCAUAGACAAUGCGAAGUCCACUCUGCAAAAAGCGCUGGCAUGUUGGGGUACUUACGAGGAAAACCUCCCCCUACUGAAGGCUUCUUUUGAGGAGACAAAGAAGGAGAAAGUUAAAGAGCUUCCCUUCGAGACAGCCUCCCAGCUGGAUGCGCUCCAUACGACUGUAAAUGAGGUGGGAAGUUUCUUAAUUGAAGUCAGCAAUGAUGAAGUUGGGGCGUCUAUAUCUAGAGAACUGAGAAGGCUGAAUAAAAGAUGGAGAAAGUUCAUCACAAAGACUCCACGUGAAAUGAAACUACCUCUUACAAAUCAAGAACAGCCCAUUCUUGAUAAUGAAGCAAAAAGAACGGUUGAUAAUCAGACUACAAAGCCUGUGGGAGAGUAUGAGAAAGACGAUGGAGAGCCCACAGGAAAAUUAAAAAUGACGGAAGAAGUUGAAAACCUGAUUGGUGAAGUGGAAACCUGGGAUUCAGAAACCAAGUCCACCUUGGAUCUUCUGGGACAUCAAGACGAUGUGGCCGGCUCUGUCGAGGGAAGCUUGCAGCAUCUGACAGCUAAAGGCUCUGUGUAUGAGGAGCUCCUGGCCAGAGCUGAAGAGACUCUACAGGUGGAUGUUCAAAGUGUUUCAAGCCAGGAGUCCCUCCAGCACAUUCUCAGAGCUGGGCUGCAGGCAAGGAUUCAAGACGCUAAGGAGAAAGUUCAGAUCACCAUGAUAGAACUGGUCACAGCAUUGAAGAACUCGGCUGACGAAUCUCCAGGAUUAGACGCAAGGCUGAAGGUGGAAGAGGCGCAGAAAAACCUGGAAUCAUGGUUCAUGAGAGCCGAGCAGUUACUCGGGCAAAGAGAGCUCCCCAGUGGACUGUUCUCAGAAUACAAGGAGGCAUUGGAACUUGCUAAUACCAAUAGCCUGGCCAAGUAUUUGAAAGCCGUUGAAGAACUGAGGCAUCGCGUACCAGAGGCCGUGACAGCAGCUCUGGAAGAGCAGAGUGGUACUGCCUGUGCCAAAUGGGAGUCUCUUCAUCAUGAAAUUUCUCUGUUUAUCCAACAACUAAAAAUAGACAUUGAAAAAGGAAAGCUUAGUGACAAUAUUGCGAAACUUGAAAAGCAAAUAAAUAAAGAAAAGAAACUUAUCCGUAGAGGAAGGACCAAGGGUCUCCUCAAGGAACACGAGGUGUGCUUUUCUCAGGAGAGCGUCAAGGGCUACCUCCUUCGCCACGUGGGUGUCCUGAGGGCGCUGUGCGAAGAGCUGACUUCUCCGGAGGGCCAGCAGCAAUUGAUGACUGCAAUCCGAGAUUAUGAACAGAAGAUAGAAAGGAUUCUGACAUGUGCUUCCGAGAUUCACAUGAGCCUGCAGCCCUCUCAGGGAGGCGCGGCAAAAGUCAGGGGAACUGUGACCACCGAGAGUGGCGGAAGAGAUGCCAACAGCGAGGCAUCCCUGGAGAAAUCGGAUAACAAGCCAUCGACUGGAAAGGCAAUGGAACCCAGUAAGAAGUUUAGCCAGACAUCAGGCUUAAAGCCCCAGCAAGAAGAAAGCAUUGUGGAGAAGGAUGGACAGCAUCAUGAUGCAUCUAUAAACAGCUUAAAAGAGAGGUAUGAUAAACACAAGGAGAGUCUCGAACACCACCUGGAGCACAGUCACUCCAGGGCUACCGCGGACUACCCCAGUGACGAGCUCACGAGCAGCGCUUGUCUGCAGGACAAGCUGAUAGAGCUGCAGGUUCUAAAAACUGAAACUGAUGCCUGCUGGAGUGAGUUUCAGAUGACCUCAUUGAAAAUGGAAGGCCUCGUGAGUGAUACAGGGAAGCGUGCACUGGCUAAGGCAAGAGGCUUAUUAAAGGAAAAAGAAAAUGAGCUGCAGUUGCUUCUUAACACCAGGGUGGAGUCCUUAGAGACGGCGCUGAGGGCUGUGCUCCCCGUGGAGAAGCAGUGUUUCCUUCUGGGCAGGCUCUACCUGCCCCUCCAGGGACUGGCCACCCAGGACCUUCAUCUCACCAAUGCGAGCGGCAUUCAUCAAACCCUGAGGAAUAUCCAAAAUUCCAUAGCCAAACAAGUCAAAAUAUGUAUCAAUUUAGAGGAGUUAAGCAACUUUGCAUCAAGGGAGUUGCACCCAUUUGAUCUCCGGGCAAUGCAGGACAUUGUGCGAUCCUGCAGAGCAGAGCUGGACAGGACAAAGCAGGCGGUCCAGGCGAGAGAAGACGCCCUGGAAGCUGUCGAAGAGUUUUUGGCUUCUCUAAGAACAGCUCAGCCCUCCGUUGAGCUCCCCGCAGACCUUUCUGCCUCAGAGGCACCAGAAAGUACUCUGCCAGGGGCGAAUGUCGAGGAAGGGAUUGCUCUGAUGAGAGAGAAGGCCCGACAUUUGGAUGAACACUUGAAGGUGCUUCAUAUCAGCUUGGAUGAUGCCAAACUAGGGGAAGAUACCACCUGUGAGAAACUUCUCGACGCCUUGUCGGAAAAGUUAGCGGAGACCCGUGGCCUUGGUGGCCAGGAGGAAUUUACUGCGGAAAAGAAAUUAUUAGAGGCCUGUAGUUCCAAAAAUAAUGAACUCUUUAAAAAUAUCCAGGACAUCCAGAGUCAGAUCAGUAAAACGGGCCUGAAAGAUGCUACCGUUCCCGCUGUAAAGCACCGGAAAAAAUCGUUACUCAGACUGGAUAAGGACCUUGAUGGAUAUGCAGAAGAGAAGAAACACUUGGAAAAAAUGGUUAAUUCUCUCCCACAAUUCAAAGAUGGCCAAGAGAAAACUGUAAGACAACAGUGCCAAGAUACAGUGAGCUUGUGGGAGAGUGCAAAGACAUCUGUCACUGAGGGUCUUGAACAAUGUGGCAGAGUUUUGGAGCUCUUAAAGCAGUAUCAGAGCUUUAAAGGUAUCUUGACAACUUUGAUUCAAAAGGAAGAAAAUGUCAUCUCCCAGCAGGCUUCAUACAUGGGAAAGGAGAACCUGAAGAAAAAGAUAGCAGAGGUUGAAACUGUCAAGGAAGAGUUUAAUGAGCAUGUGGAAGUGGUAGACAAGAUCAACCAAAUCUGCAAAAAUCUACAGUUUCAUCUGAACAAAAUGAAAAAGUUUGAAGAGCCCCCUUUUGAGAAAGAGGCGAAUGUUAUUGUGGAUAGAUGGCUUGAUAUAAACGAGAAGACAGAAGAGUACUGUGAGAAUCUUGGUCGCGCUCUGGCUUUGUGGGACAAACUCUUCAAUCUAAAAAACACCAUUGACGAGUGGACUGAACAGAUCCUUGGAAAAGUGGAAGCACAAGAGCUGCUGGGCGAGGAGAGAGAAAGACUGAAGGAAGAGUUACGAGCUCAUGAAGAACAAGCUUCAGAUUUUUCUAGACGAGUUGCUGACGUACAGUUGCUGCUUCAAAGUAGUGAAAAACCACUUGAAUUGCAGGUCAUGGAGUCCUCUGUUUUGAGCAAGAUGGAAGAUGUAAGAAAGUGCCUAACAGGAGAAUCCAGCCGCCGCCCGUCCAGCGGCAGCACAGCUGAGCUAAGGGAGGACCUGGAUCAGGCUAAGACACAGAUGGGGGUGACGGAGUCUCUCCUGAACGCCCUGUCUCCCUCCGACAGCCUGGAGAUCUUCACCAAGCUCGAGGAGAUACAGCAGCAGAUUCUGCAGCAGAAGCGCAGCAUGACCGUCCUCGAGAGCCAGAUCGGCUGCCUCACUCCUGAGCUCUCUGACUUGAAAAGACAGUAUGAAAGCGUCAGUGACUUAUUUAACACCAAGAAAAGGGCAUUGCAGGAUCACUUUUCGGCACUGUUGAAUGAUCAGUGUAAGAACUUCAGCGACUGGCUCGGCAACAGCAAAAUGAACCUUCAGGAGUGUUUCGAAUCAUCCGAGACAAAAGCAGGCUUGGAACAAAAGCUACAUAAACUUUCUGAUUUCUUGACGCUGGAAGGAGGAAGCAGUAAGAUACAGCAGGUGCAAACCAUCCUGCAGCACGUGAGGAAGCACCUGCCCAAAGCUCGCGUGAAGGAGCUCAACAGCUGGCUUGGGAGCCAAGAGCUUGAGCUAGAAAACAUGGAGUCCAUAUGCCAGGCCCGAGCAAAGGAACUGGAUAGCUGCCUGCAGCAGCUACUGAGCCUGGAAGAUGAUUGCAGAAACCUGAAAAAAUGGCUUACUAAUCAAGAAGAGAAGUGGAAAGAAAUGGAAGAAUCAGGAGAGAACACUGAGCUAUUUUGCCAAAUGUUAGCUAGAAAGAGGGAACAGUUUGAAUCUGUGGCCCAGCUGAACAACUCUAUGAAGGAACAUGGGCUUACUGAAGAGGAAGUAAUAACAGAAUCAACACGUUUGGUUGAUAGAUAUCAGAGUUUAUUGAGGCAAUUACAUGCAAUUGAAGAAGAGGAUAAGUUACCACCUGCAGAUGACCAGAGCCUUAAUGAUCUUGCACAUGAUGUCAUUCAUUGGAUAAAGGAGAUUAAAGAGUCCCUCAUGGCCUUGAAUUCAUCAGAAGGCCAAAUGCCACUUGAAGAAAGAAUCCAGAAAAUAAAGGAAAUCAUUUUACUAAAGCCUGAAGGGGACGCUAAAAUCCAGACCAUAAUGAGACAAGCCCAGCUUAGCAAGACCCCAGUGGUCCAGGAGACCCUUAGUGAUAUCAGCAACCAGUGGGACAGCACACUCCACUUAGCCAACACGUAUCUAAGCCAUCAAGAAAAGCUUCUGCUGGAAGGAGAAAAGUAUUUGCAGAGCAAGGAGGACCUGAGGUCAAUGCUCAUAGAACUGAAGAAGAAACAGGAAUCGGGCUUUGCUCUGCAACACGGGCUACCCGAGAAGCAAGCCCAGUUGAAAAUUUAUAAGAAAUUCCUCCAGAAAGCCCAAGAUUUGACCUCCUUAUUAAAGGAGCUAAAAUCUCAGGGAAAUUACCUCUUGGAAUGCACUAAAAAUCCCAAUUUCAGUGAAGAGCCUUGGCUGGAAAUCAAACAUCUUCAUGAAAGUCUUCUUCAACAGCUCCAGGAUUCUGUACAAAAGCUGGAGGGUCAUGUUCAAGAGCACAGCUCAUACCAAGUAUGCAUCACAGACCUGAACGCCGCGUUGGACCACCUCGCUGAGGAACUUGCCAGUCUCUGUGAUACACCUGCAAUUCAAACAGCAGCUGAGGACAAACUGCAGAAGCUACAGGGACUGAAGAGAAGACUCAGUAUAGAAGAUGGUGCAUUAAAGAAGAUUCUAGUGCUAGCAAAAUCCAUCAAGAAAAAUACAUCUUCAGUGGGACAGAAGAUUAUUAAAGACGAUAUAAAAUCACUUAAGUGUAAACAAAAGCAUUUGGAAGGCAGAAUUGAAUCUGCUAAGCAGGAGGCUGAAAACCAUCUCAACAGCCUUCUUCAAUCAGAAUGCUCUACAGACGAACACGAGAAGUUUGCUCCGCCAGACGGAGAGACGCCGGCUGCUUGUGAUGCGCCGGAGUCCACUCAGGAGUCUGCGAUGGUGGCGAAGUUGGAGGGAGACUGGGAAAUGGACAAGAAUUCAGCUGUGGAAAUGAUUUUGUCAAAACAACUUCCUCUCAGUGCUCAGGAGAGCAUGAAAAACACCGCAGAUGAGCAGAAAGUCAACGAGCUGCAAAACCAACCUUUAGAAUUAGACAUUAUGUUAAGAAAUGAACAAUUAAAAGAGAUAGAGGAGCUAUCUACCCAGUUGGAAGCCAGGAGAGCAGCCAUUGAGCCUCAGGAACAAGCUCACUUGGACAGACUGCUUCAGGCACUUACUGCUUCAAAGAAAAAUAAAGAGAGCCAGUAUAAUCUCCUCCAAGGUUUCCAAGAACACCUGGCUGCAGCGGAGGCCUCACUGGGAGCCAUCUGGACAGAAAAGGAAAGUCUAAAAGUAGGACCUCUGGACAGUGCGACCUACCUGGACAAAAUCAAGAAGUUGCUGGGAUCAAUAGAAAAAGAAAAAUCCUCUCUAAGUGAGCUUCAAGCGGAAUGGGAGCCUCUGUCUGGCCUCUUGGGCACCAUGGACCAGCAGCUCCUGGGAAGCCAGAUGAGGCAGCUCGAAGAUGACUGGGGGCAAGUGCACCAGCUGGCCCAGCGGAAGCUUUCUCAGCAGAUGGAGGAAGAGGGGGAGCUCACCCACCUCACAGGGUGGAUCCAGGGCCUCGAGCUUUCUCUGAAGCGGCUACAGCAGCAACUCCUGUUGUGUCUGGAUUCUCCAGAGCACCAGGAAGGGAGCCCGAGCCUCCUUGCUUUGACCACCGAGCUCCAGGCCACUAGGCACAGAUUUUCUGUUUUAAAAGGGCAGGCAGAGCUUCGGAUAAAGAGGCUUUGGGGAGAAAAAGACAAGGAGGUUUUGGAAAGUGCAAUAAAUAAUUUGAAGAGACAGCUGGAAGCCUUGGAGCCAAUAAACCUAGAGGCAGAAAGCGAGAUGAAGAAGUGUGACCUGAGGAACAAGAUCCAGGAGACGCUGCUAUGGGUGGAGAAUCUGCUGGGCGAGCUCAUGUCCCCUGUUUCCCUUCUGCCCCAUGACAUUCUUUCGCAGAUCACAAAAUGCAAGGUGACGCACGAUGACAUUCUGCAGAGGCGGCAGGUCCUAGACUCUUUGGUGGAGGAGGUCAGAGGCGUCACUCCCAGCCUGGCAGCAAACGACAGGGAUGAAUUAAAUGACCUUCUGGAGGACUUACAGAACCAAUACCAGACACUCAUGUUAAGAUCAACUCAGAGGUCACAGCAACUAGAGUCUAAGUUGGAAGAAAGGAGCAAACUUUUUGACAUCCUCAGGAAGGCUCAGCUCACAUUGCAACACAACGAAGCACUGGCCGUGCCCACGGUGGAGAGAAGCAUUGCAGAGGCUGAUCUGGAGCGUCGCAGGGCCACUCUGAAGGCAUCCCAGCAGGAACUGCAAGAUGUUGAGAGCGUGAUCUCAACACCCCUUCAGGAACUGGCACACGUCUGUAAAGAUGCAAAUGUGUUUGAAAGAUUAUUUCUGGACGAUCAGUUGUACAAUCUCAAGACUAGAGCCAACAGAACGCAAAGAUUGAUUCAGAAUAGCUGUGGUGACAUUGAGCGUAAGCUGGAUGCUUACAGAGAAUUGCGUGACAAGACGUCUGUGCUUCAGAAGGAGGUUGACAGUCUGUGGCACCAUGAGCCACCCCUGCCUAAGCGAGAGUUGAGCCAGGGAGCUAAAGACGAGCUCUGUCAUCUUAAAGACAGGCUCGCCAGUAUCCGAGGCAGCCUCUUGCAAGUGUUGAAACUUAAGGACCUGUUUGACCAUCUAGGGCUAACCUGGGAUGCGGCACAGCUUGACCAGUUGCAAAUCCAACUGUCUGAAAAAGAAAAGGAGCUUGAAGAAGAAAUGAGGCACCUGGACACAUUUGUGGCAGAACGUGACAGAUACCAAGCAUCGCUAAGUCAGUUGAGGGCUCUGGACUUACAAAUUAAGGAAAAGGCUGAAUUACUCAACGUUCCUGAUGUUUCCCCAGAAAGCACUCUGAUCAAUGCACAAAUUUUGAGUCAGAGAACUGAGAAAGCCAAAUGCCUGUAUGAUGAGGUAAUAAAGAAGUUAAGUGAAAACGAGGCCCUUGAUGACGCGUGGAGAGAAAAAGAAAUGCUACAGCUGAGGCAGCGUGCCGCCGACAAUGACACACUCCACGAGGCCCUGCACGCCGCGGUGCUGGAGUUCCACCCGCAAGAAGUGGACGCAAAGCACUUUCAGGAUACGCUAGAAAAUUCCCUACGUGUUUUAAAUCAGGUCAGAUCUCAGUUACGGCAGCCUUUGUGCGUGAAUUUGGAACUUAAACAUAUUCAGAACGAGAAGGCUGCUUGCGUAGCAUUUCAGGAGCAAGUUCAGACAGAAAUGUGUAGGGUGAAAGCCCUGACUGUUCCUGAGGAGCAAGGAGGAGAGAGCUCUGAAACCAGCGAUGCGCAGAGAAAAUUGCGCGACAUUGAAGAUCUUCAGACGCAGCUUAGCGAAAGCAUCGAUUCACGCGCAGCCAUCCUGAAUGAUGCUUAUGAAGACGUCACACAGUAUCAGGAAGCACUCACCAGGGCGGCGGGGAUCAUCACUUCCCUAGAGGCCAGCCUUGUGUCCCAUAGAGUAGACCUUCACCAUCUGGAAGAACCGCUUGAGCUGCCGCGCCAUCAGCUAGAGGAGUUGCAGUCCACAAUAGCAGACAUCGGGGUGCUCACGGAGAAGCUGGGCGCCAUCGCCAGCCCAGAGGCCAAAGCGCAACUCCAGCGUAAGGUGCAGGAGCUCACGGCUCACGGCUCAGCCCUGAAGGCUGCGGUCGAAGCAGAAGGGGCCCAGGUGGAAAGGUGUCUGGAGAAUUACAAGCGCUACGGGAAGAUUAAAGAGGAAAUUUGCACUCAGCUUGGGGAGAUGGAGACAGCUCUUAGGCAGGCCAUGUCCUUGCUCCCACAGUCAUACAGAGAAGCCCUAGAGUGCCUGGAACAGAGCAAGGCUUUGGUAUCAAAUCUCUUGUCAACCAAAGAAGACUUCGUGCGCCUCCGGCAGGUCCUCAGACACGUCACGUGCAGGUGUGCCGGCGGCGACGGCACGUGUGCUUCCAGGGUCGCCUCUGCCCUGUGGGAGACGUGGCUGCGCUUGCUGGAAACUGCCCGGGCCUGGGCCUCGUGGAGCGGAGAACUGAAGCGGGCGUGGAAGUUCCUCAGCGAGGAAAUUGAACGAGAAGCAAUCAUUUUAGACAGUCUACAAGAGGAACUCCCGGAAAUUUCCAAAGCAAAAGAGGCAGCUUCCACUGCAGAACUCUCCCAGCUGCUGGAUGCUUUACGCCAGUAUGAGGAGAGUGUGGGAAAGCAGCUGCUGCUACUGGCCCUGCUUCUUCAGCGCAUGAGGAGUGUCCAGAAUGUUCCCGAAGGCACAGAGGCUGUGGAAACUGCCCCCGCGCUUCAGGAGAUUAGGUCUAUGCAGGAACGGUGCAACAGGCUUGUUCAGAAUGCUCAAAAGAAUAAGGACUUGGUACAGACUGAACUUGAAGACAGACAGUCCGUCACAAAGGAAAUAAUUGAUUUGAAGCACUUAUUUCAACAGACCUCAAUUUCUUUCCAAAAUAUGGCAUUAGAAGGCCAUCCUGAAAGGGCAGAGCAAUUUGAGGAGCUUCAAAGAGUUGUUAAGAAAGGGAAGCUAACUUUCGAGAACGUUAUGGAAAAACUGCGAAUCAAGUACUCUGAAAUGUACAGCAUCGUCCCUGCAGAGAUCGAGGCCCAGCUGGGAGAAUGCAGGCAAGCUCUGGAAGACACAGAGGAGAAGCAGGUGAGCAGUGAGGACUUAAAGAGCUCACCGCAGAGUAUCAUGAGCAGGAAAAUAGAGGAAAUUAACAUUGGGCUCCAGGAAGUGGAACAGAUGCUGCAGCAGAAAAGUUCCAGCAUGGAGGAGGCUCAAGAAAUCCAAAAGAAAAUGUGGGAUGAGCUAGAUCUCUGGCAUUCCAAGCUAAAUGAGUUGGAUUCUGAAGUUCACGACAUCGUGGAGCAGGACCCGGGACAGGCUCAAGAAUGGAUGGAUCACCUGAUGGUUCCUUUCCAGCAGUACCAGCAAGUAUCGCAGAGAGCAGAAUCCAGAACUUCACAGCUCAACAAGGCCACGAUUAAGAUGGAGGAGUACAGUGAUCUUCUGAAGAGUACAGAGGCAUGGAUAGAAAAGACAAGGUGUUUGCUGGCAAAUCCUGCCCACUGUGACUCUUCAAGGACCCUGAGCCAUCAUGCCAGCACCCUCCAGAUGGCUCUGGAAGAUUCCGAACAGAAGCACAACCUUCUUCUCUCAAUUUUCACGGAUCUAGAAGAUUUGUCAGUCAUUUUUGAAACCGAUGACUUAGUCCACUCCGUACAAGAGCUCAGCAGCCAAGUGGCAGCUUUACAGCAGGAAAUCAUGGAAAACCUGCCGCACAUCCAGCGAGUGGCAGAUGAUGUGGUUGCAAUUCAAUCUGAAGUAAAAUCAAUGGAGAAAAAAGUUGCCAAAAUCAAAGCUAUCCUGUUAUCAAAAGAAAUCUUUGAUUUUUCACCUGAAGAACAUCUUAAGCAUGGGGAGGUCAUACUUGAAAAUAUACGUCCCAUGAAGAAAACCAUUGCUGAGAUCAUGUCUUACCAAGUGGAACUAAAGUUACCCCUCUCAGGAAUGAAACCUCUGCCCGUGUUUCAGAGAACAAGUCAGCUCUUACAAGAUGUAAAAUUAUUGGAAAAUGUGACACAGGAACAAAAUGAGUUAUUGAAGCUAGUCAUAAAACAGACAAAUGAAUGUGAUGAAGAAAUAGAAAAUUUGAAAGAGAUCUUAAAUAACUAUCCAGCUGAGUUCUCCCUCGGACAUACAUCACCAGACCAAGCUGCCAGCCUGCCCGCGGUACAGGGAGGGGUCGAAGGUAUGGAAAAGCAGAUUGUGAACUUAAACCAGAAAAAAGAAGACUUGGUGGUGGGCUUGAAGGCUGCCGUCCUGAGCCUUCACCAGCACUUGAAGCAGUCACAGCCCGAAGUAGAAGGAAACGCGCCGUCAGCUGUCACAUCCGAGCAGGGUGGGGCAGCCGACGGGGAUGCUCCGGCCUGGAAGCUGAACAGAAGGGACUCCAUGUCUUUCUUGCCGGCAGUCCAGGAGGAGGUGGAAGAAAGCUCCGUGAAGAGUGAGAAUGGACAGAAGCAAACAGAGCCACCUUCGGAGUCUGGGUCUCUACUCUGGAAGCAUGACAAGGACCUGGAGGAAGAGGGGCCGUCCUCCUCCUCUGCCACAAUUGUUCAGGAGGCAGAUGGGAGAAUCAGCACCUGUGACAGGUCCAUGGCACACAUCCUGACCCCAGACUCGGGAAACACUGAGCCAGGCCCAGCACUGUCCCCGAGCCUCAGUCAGAGAGAAGAGGGUGUCACACCUCCCAUCAAGGCCGCAGUUCUGGACUGUCCACACGAGGAGCGUGGAGCUGUCCAGGCCCCGGGGGAGACCACCGGGCCCCAGCCUGCCGAAGUUCUCCAUGUCUGUAAGACCCAAGUGGCCGAGCUGGAGCAGUGGCUGCAACAAGCCAACGUGGCCUUUGAGCCGGAAACGUUAAACGCGGACAUGCAGCAAGUGGUGGAACAGGAGCUGGCCGGGUGCCAGGCUAUGCUGACUGAGAUUGAACGCAAGGUUGCCUCUCUGCUAGACACUUGUGCAGAUUGGGGCCUGGGGGACAGCGGGGCCACUCAGCGUGAGGCCGAGGCACUUUCCCUGAAACUCAGAACUGUGAAGUGUAAUUUGGAAAAGGUGCAGAUGAUGCUUCAGGAGAAACACGGCGAGGAGCCGCAUCCUCCUAUUCUAAAGAGCCCUUUAGAGUACCAGACAGUCCUCGAGCCAGUGAGCUUCCCCGAGCUGAAAUCUCUUGGGACUGAAAAGCCCCAAUUCAGCAGGCAAAAAGACCUUCCGCUGCAACAGAUUCUGGAGUUAAAACCAUUGGAACAGAAAGAUUUAAUCAAGUUCAUAGAACUUAACGCUCAGAAGAUGGAACGCCAAUAUUGCCAACAGGAUAAAGACGGGCCUCAGGAGUCGUCUGUGAGCAAGGCCUCUAGCCCUGGAAGUGAAGCACCACACUCAGACGUGUCCCUCCAGGGCCACGGUGGUGACAAGUGGCAGUAUCUCCAUCGUGAACUGUCAUGGCGAGUAACCCUUCCUGUGCCCCAGCCUGUGGAGCCUCAGGUGGCCAUAAAUAUGAGUAUGCUACCCAGUGUGAGUGUAUAUAACUUUAAGUAUCCUACAACUGAAGAGCUGAAAGUGUAUACCACCCAACUUGAAGAUCUACGCCAAGAAGCAAGUAACCUUCAGGCACAGGAGGACAUGACAGAAGAAACAUAUAGCAGUCUGGAUAAAAGAUUAUUUGAACUCUUGCUGGGCCUCAGUCGGUGCCUUGGCAGUGUGGGGGAGCUGCUGCGGAACCCCAGGCUGCUCAGGGAGGACGCCCCUGCCCAGCAGGUGCACUGUGAGAAACUAGCUCUUGAGCUGAAGAAACUUUACUUAACUCUGGGUGACAAGAAGGGUGACCUUUUGAAAGCCAUGUCUUGCUCUGGCAAGAGCAGCCCGUCGCUACCUGAAUGCUUUGCUACCCUCCACGUCUGCCUGGAGCAAGCCCAGGCCAGGGCUGCCUCCAGAAGCAAGUCCCUGAAAGCCGGCCUCGACUACAGCCGCAGCUACCAGAAUGAAAUAAAGCGAUUAUAUGAUCAACUCAUCAAGAAGAAGACAGCUUUACAACAGUCUCUGAAUGAAGUCAGCGGCCAGAGUGUUGGCGACCAGCUUCAGAAAGCCGACGCUUGUUCAGCAGAUCUGCGGAACUCGGAGAGCCAGGUGGCCAAACUCAGAGACGAAGGGGAAAGGCUUCACUUCCCUUACGCUUUGCUCCAGGAGGUUUACAAAUUAGAGGACGUGCUUGACAGCAUGUGGGGAAUCCUGCGAGCCAGGUGUGCGGAGCUCAGCCCUCCGUUCCUCAGCGACGGCCAGCAGGACGCCUUACUGCAGGGCUUAGUGGAACUAGUCGGCAUCGGGAAGGACAAGCUUGCCCGAGGCUACUUACAGCACGCCAAAAGUAAAGGGGCUCUGGAGGCUCAACUACGAGACCACAAGGAAUUUUUCCAGAAGCUGGCUGCUAGCAUGUUGUUCAUCCAAACAUACUUGGCAAAAUCGUUUCCUUCUUCAUUACAAAAGAGAGAGACAUUCUGGGCAGAACAAGUGACAGAAGUGAAAUUGCUAGAAGAAAAAGCAUGGCAGUGUGGCACGAGGCUGCAGAGUUUGUUACAGAAAUGGGAAGAAUUUGAUGAAAACUCUGCAUCUCUUGAGAAGGACCUAGAAGUUUUUGUGUCUACACUACCCUCUGUGAGCUUGGUGGAAGAGACAGAGGAAAGAUUAGUGGAGAGGAUUUCAUUUUACCAGCAAAUAAAAAGAAACACUGAUGGAAAGCAUGCCCAGCUUUGCCAGACUCUCAAGGAAGGCAAAGAGCUGGUGGCCUCCGUGAGCUGUCCUGAGCUAGAGGGCCAGAUUGCGGCUCUCGAAGAGCAGUGGUUGUCUCUCAACAAGAAAAUCGAUCAUGAGCUCCACAGGCUGCAAACACUCCUCAAGCACCUCAUCAGUUAUAACAGAGAUUCAGAUGAGCUAACCAAGUGGUUGGAAUCAUCUCAACAAACUUUGAACUACUGGAAAGAACAGUCCCUCAAUGUAUCUCAAGACCUGGACACAAUCAGAAGCAACAUAAACAAGUUUUUUGAGUUCUCUAAGGAAGUCGAUGAGAAGUCCUCGCUGAAGUCUGCAGUUCUGAGCACUGGGAACCAGCUUCUGCACCUGAAAGAGGCAGAUACGGCCACACUGAGAGCUUCCUUAGCACAGUUCGAGCAGAAAUGGACAGUGCUUAUUACUCAGCUUCCAGACAUUCAAGACAAACUUCACCAGCUUCAGAUGGAGAAGUUGCCCUCUCGUAAGGCCAUCGCAGAGAUGAUCAGCUGGAUGGACAAUGUGGAGGAGCGACUUGCGGGUGGAGGCCCCGAGCACUCGCCAAGUUCUGCGUCUCAAGUGAAAAAUCUUCAGACGCUCAAGGAGUUCAGAAUGGAAAUGGACUAUAAACAGUGGGUCGUUGACUUUGUUAACCAGUCAUUACUUCAGCUAAGCACCUGUGACGUAGAAAGCAAGCGCUACGAGCGGACGGAGUUUGCAGAGCACCUCGGGGAGAUGAACCGCCAAUGGCACCGAGUUCAUGGAACCCUGAAUAGAAAGAUACAACAGUUAGAACAACUUUUGGAAGGUGUCACUGAGAAUGAAAACAAAAUCCAGAAUUUGAACAGCUGGCUGGAGGCCCAAGGAGAAAGGCUAAGAACUCUACAGAAACCUGAGAGUGUUGUCUCUGUUGAGAAGCUUCUCCCGGACUGCCAGGAUAUAGAAAAUCAGCUUGCUGUGAAAUCCAAAGCACUGGAUGAGCUGAGAAAUAGUUCCCUGACUCUGGAGAAUGGAGCCCUGCCAUUGUUAGAAGACACAGCAUCCAAAAUUGAUGAGUUGGUUAAAAAGAAGACUGAUGUCAUCAACCAGGUUAAUCAGCUAAAAGCCUCCAUGCAGUCGGUGCUGCAGGACUGGAAGACCUACAACAGGCUCUACGACGAGGUGACUCUGACGGCAGUCCGAUUCGCGUACCGCAUGGAGCACAGCAAGCCUGCCGUCUUAUCACUGGAGGCCUUGGACUACCAUGUGCAGAACCUUCAGUCCCUUCAGGACGAAGCUGAAAGUCAUGAAGGGUGUUGGGAGAAGCUCCGGGAGGUGAUUAGCAGGCUAAAGGAUUCCUGCCCCUCGAUUGCUGCAAUCAUUGAACAGAAGUGCCAGGAUGCUCACUCAAGGUGGACCCAGGUAAACCGGGACCUUGCAGACCAGUUGCAGAAGGCUGGGGGUCUGCUGCCACUCUGGAAGGCUUAUCGGGGUGCCCACGCAGAAGCAGCAGCAAGGCUGGGGCAGCAGGAAGCAAAGCUGCGGCAGCUCGCAGACAUCAGCACGUCUGGAAACAACCUGGCCGAGAGCCUGCCGCUGGCUCUGCAGGACAUCAAGGAGCUGCAGCGUGAUGUGCAGAAGACAAAAGAGGCCUUUCUCCAAAAUUCCACCUUCUUAGACCGGCUCCCACAACCGGCCGAGUACAGCGCCCCUGGGAUCCAUUCUGAGCAACUGCACUCCCUCCAGAGGGCCGACUACCUGGAAAAGAUACUGCUGGUGAAAUCAAGUGAAUUUGAGAGUGUUCUGGCACAGUUCAAGGAUUUUGGGGACCGCCUGGAAUCUUUAAAAGGUCUUAUCACGCGUGAGGAAGAGAAUUUGGACAAACUGUACCAUCAAGAAAAAGAAGAUCCUGACUUGCUCCUGGACCAUGUGCUAGCACUGACAGCACAAUCACCUGACAUUGAGCGCGUGAACGAAGAGAGCCUGAAGCUCCCCCUCAGUGACAUGGCUGUGAAGACGCUGCAGGAUGUGAACCGGCAGUGGAUCCGGGCCACGGCCACAGCGCUGGACCAUCUCAGUGAGCUGCAGGGACGUGGACUGAGUGGAAAUUUUCUUCAUUGCUGUGAAAAGUGGGUCCAGCUCUUGGACAAAAUAAAAGAAACCCUUAAAAUAAACACAGCCCAUAGCCUUCCAGCUCUCCUGGAACAGCAGAAAACCUUUGAGAUGUUGGAAGCUGAAGUUUCUAUUCACCAGACGAUCGCCGAUGCUUAUGUCACCCAAUCCUUACAGCUCCUGGACACCACAGACAUAGAGAAGAGAUCAGAGUUUGUGUCAGAAUUCUCAAAGCUGGCAGACCAGUGGCAGAGUGCUGCCCAGGACGUUGGGCAGAGGAAGUGUGACAUCGACGGGCUGGUGAGGCGGUGGCGGUGCUUCACCAGCUCCGUGGAGGACCUGCUUCGCUUCCUUACUGACACCGGCCACCUGCUGUCCGCGGUGAAGGGUCAGGACUGCUUCAGCCUCUACCAGGCCAGGCGCCUGAUCCGCGAGCUGAAGAAUAAAGAGAUCCACUUCCAGAGGUGGCGAACCACCUACACGCUGGCCUUGGAAGCUGGAGAGAAGUUAUUGAACAUACCCAACCUGGAAACUAAAGAGUUCAUUGGCAGAAAAUCCAGUCAGCUUCAGGACACCUGGAAGGACACAGAACUCCAACUGCAAGAGGCGAUUAAACAGUUCCAGAGCACUGUGGAGACCUGGGACCAGUGUGAAAAGAAAAUCAAGUUGCUGAAAAGCAGGCUGGAAGUUUUGAAAGCACAAAGUGAAGAUCCUCUCCCGGAGCUGCAUGAGGACCUCCACAGAGAAAAGGAGCUGAUUAAGGAGCUGGAGACGUCUCUGGCUGGCUGGACGCAGAACUUGCAAGAAGUUCAGGCACUGAAGGCCGAGCUGGGCCGGUGCGUCCUGGCGGAGGACGUGCUGCUGCUGCAGGAGCAGACGGAGCACUUGCACAGACAAUGGGAGGACCUCUGCCGAAGGGUGUCUAUCCGCAAGCAGGAGAUUGAAGACAGACUCAACUCAUGGGCCGUGUUCAAUGAAAAAAAUAAAGAGCUGUGUGCAUGGCUCGUGCAGAUGGAAAACAAGCUUUUACAGACAGCAGACAUCAGCAUUGAAGAAAUGAUUGAAAAGUUACAGAAGGACUGCAUGGAAGAAAUCAACCUGUUCAGUGAAAACGAGCUGCAGCUGCGGCAGAUGGGUGACCAUCUGAUCAGAGCCAGCAGCAAGGCCAGGGCUGCGGAGAUCAACGACAAGCUCAGCAAAAUCAACGACCGCUGGCAGCAUCUCUUCGAUGUCAUUGGGUCAAGGGUGAAGAAGCUGAAGGAGACGUUUGCAUUCAUUCAGCAGUUAGACAAAAACAUGAGUAACCUCCGCACCUGGCUGGCGCGAAUCGAGUCGGAGCUCUCCAAGCCCGUUGUGUAUGACGUGUGCAAUAACCAGGAGAUCCAGAAGAGGCUUGCCGAACAGCAGGACCUGCAGCGAGACAUUGAACAACACAGUGCCGGGGUGGAGUCCGUGUUCAACAUCUGCGAUGUCCUCUUGCAUGAUUCUGACGCCUGUGCCAACGAGACCGAGUGUGACUCGAUCCAGCAGACCACCAGGAGCCUGGACAGACGCUGGAGGAACAUUUGCGCUAUGUCCAUGGAGCGGCGCAUGAAGAUUGAGGAAACGUGGCGCCUGUGGCAGAAGUUUUUAGACGAUUAUUCCCGCUUCGAGGACUGGCUCAAGUCGGCCGAGCGGACGGCAGCCUGCCCCCAUUCCUCCGAGGUGCUGUACACGACUGCCAAAGAGGAGCUGAAGAGGUUUGAGGCCUUCCAGCGGCAGAUUCACGAGCGGCUCACACAGCUGGAGCUGAUCAACAAGCAGUACCGGCGGCUGGCCCGGGAGAACCGCACAGACACGGCCAGCAAGCUGAAGCAGAUGGUACACGAGGGCAACCAGCGCUGGGACAACCUGCAGAAGCGGGUCACGGCCAUCCUGCGGAGACUCCGAUAUUUCACCAACCAGAGGGAAGAAUUUGAAGGCACCAGGGAGAGCAUCCUGGUGUGGCUCACAGAGAUGGACCUGCAGCUGACCAACGUGGAACACUUCUCGGAGAGCGAUGCCGACGACAAGAUGCGCCAACUCAAUGGUUUCCAACAGGAGAUUACCUUAAACACCAACAAGAUUGACCAGCUCAUUGUGUUUGGGGAGCAGCUGAUUCAGAAGAGCGAGCCGCUGGACGCGGUGCUGAUCGAGGACGAGCUGGAGGAGCUGCAUCGGUACUGUCAGGAGGUGUUCGGCAGGGUGUCCCGCUUCCACCGGAGGCUGACCUCCCGCACUCCGGGCUUGGAAGAUGAAAAGGAGGCUUCUGAGAAUGAAACAGACAUGGAAGACCCCAGAGAGCUCCAGACUGACUCGUGGCGUAAAAGGGGAGAGAGUGAGGAGCCGCCGUCUCCCCAGGCCCUGUGUCACCUCGUGCCCCCAGCUCCGGGACAUGAGCGUUCCGGCUGUGAGACCCCCGUCAGUGUGGACUCCAUCCCUCUCGAGUGGGAUCACACAGGCGACGUGGGGGGCUCCUCCUCCCAUGAAGAGGACGAGGAAGGCCCAUACUACAGUGCACUGUCAGAUGUAGAAAUCCCUGAAAAUCCUGAGGCAUAUCUUAAAAUGACCACAAAAUCUUUGAAAGCGUCUUCUGGUAAAUCCAUUUCUGAUGGCCACUCGUGGCAUGUUACUGACAGCCCUUCCUGUCCCAAGCACAACUACAAACAAAUGGAAGGUGAUAGGAAUGUGCCACCCAUUCCCUCAGACUCCAGCACCCCUUAUAAGCCAGCCUAUGUAAAGCUGCUGUUACAUCCGGGACCUGAUGGCAAAGAAGGUCCGGACGCCUCAAAUGUCAGCCCUCAGCAGGGAGACGAGCAGCUGGCCACCUUAACAGGGCAGCAGUCAGGUGCCUUUGACAGAUGGGAGCUGAUCCAAGCUCAAGAGCUUCACAGUAAACUCAGAAUGAAGCAAAAUGUGCAGCAGCUGAACUCUGACAUAAGCGACAUCAGUGGUUGGCUGGAGAAAACUGAAGCAGAGCUGGAAACGUUAAAGACGGCAGCACCUCCCUCCAACAUCCAGGAACUGGCACUCCAGGCAAAGCGACUGCGGGAGAUCUUACAAGCCUUUGAUGCCUACAAGGCCUUAAUGGUCUCCGUCAGCGUGGGAAGCAAGGAGUCUCUGCCCACUGAGGGCGCCGAAUCCUCAGAGCUCCAAAGCCGGCUCCGUCAGCUGAGCCUGCGCUGGGAAGCAGUCCAGGGCGUGGUGGACAGCUGGAAAGGGGACUUACGACAGUCGCUCAUGCAGUGCCAGGACUUCCACCGGUGCUGUCAGGACCUGCUCCUGUGGCUAGUGGGCGCUGAGAACCGGAGGCGGAAGGCGCACGUCGCCCACCCGGAAGCAGACCGCCAGGCCCUCCUGAAGUGUCAGAGGGAACUAAUGCAACUGGAAAAGGAGCUGGUGGACCACCAGCCCCAGGUCACCUCCUUGAAGGAGAUUUCCUCCAGCCUUCUCGUUAAGGGGCAUGGGGAAGACUACAUCGAGGCUGAAGAGAAGGUCCACGUGAUCGAGAAGAAACUCAAGCAGUUACGUGAGCAAGUGGCUCAAGACUUGAGGGCCUUGCAGGGCAGCCAGAACCCAGAUCCGUCUCUGCUCAGCUUCAGUGACGAAGACUCAGGGGAACAGCCUCUAGUAGCCUCCAGGCCAGUGGCCCAUAUGAAGCAGUUUGGAGCAGAGAGAACUACAGACGAUGAGAACGAGACAGACAGCAGGGCGCCCAGCACUGGCAGCUCGCAGCCCCGGCCCCGGCGCUCCUUCCUCUCACGGGUGUUCAGGGCAGCGUUGCCCCUCCAGCUGCUCCUGCUCCUGCUGCUACUCCUGGCCUGCCUGCUGCCCUCCUCCGAAGAGGACUACAGCUGUACCCAGGCCAACAACUUCGCCCGCUCCUUCUACCCCAUGCUGCGAUACACCAACGGUCCGCCCCCCACCUAGACGGCUCUGUCAGCCCCAUGCCACCAGCCCCGUGAUCACGAGUGCCCAGCUCGCGGUGCCACACCCCAUCUGUGAGCGACUCUUGGCCUUGACAAGGUCCAGGGGCCUACCACAGAUGACCUCCCUCGGGUCCUUGUCCAGAUGGACUCCAGGGGCCCAGGACAACUCUCAAAAGAAGUUCUUCCUGUGGGAACAGGAAGCAGGUACAGCCACUGCCUCGCCUCUAGACAAAGCUAGCAGACUGGUUGAAAGAACUCUGGGAAGGGGAGCUUCCUGAAGAGCCACGCACUUUGUGAAUUCUGACUUAAUUGUGAAACAGCGUUAUUGCCAUGUCGACAACACUGUCCACCAGCAGUGGUGUUCAGCACAUAUACUGAGACGCAAGAGGAGUCCCACCUUAGAAACGGUUCGGAAACUCACUCACACCCCGAGCUGAUGGAGCAAGACAGACAUUUGGCCGUCUAGAAUGAGUUUUCCUCUGGUCAGCUAGCUAGCUGAGCUCCCAGUUACAAACCAAAUGUUCUGUUCAGUACCUAGGUCAGCUCUUUUAUAUUGCUUUACAUUUUUAAAGAAAUUUUAUUGCAUGGAUGUGGGUAUUUGUGCAUAUUUUUUAACAACGCUGAAUCUGUAUGAAUAAUGUAAACUUUUGAUUUUUUCAUUUAAAAAAAAAAAAGGAUUUUAGCUCAAGCUUUUGACUAAUGUACAGUAAAUGCCAAACUACAGACUUGAUGGGGAUGUUUUUGUAAGUUAAUUUUAUAAGAUUUUUUCACACUUAAAGAGAUGUUUCAGGUCUGGUUGAACUGUUUGGCCACCAGGGUUUGGUACAGAAACUUGAAGCUGUUUGUGGUAUGUGCAACUCAGAUGUUUCUCAUUAAAAAGAAAAAAAAUUGGCAAA